AUGUACACGGCAUCGUUUGCUUUCUUCGAUGCCCUUUGCGGGGCCGGGGUAACGCACUGCUUCGUCAACUUGGGUUCAGAUCACCCGAGUAUCAUCGAAGCAAUGCUCAAGGGUCAAAGGGAGAAGGGCGAUUGCUUUCCGCGUAUCGUCACUUGCCCGAGCGAGAUGGUGGCAAUGUCAAUGGCGGAUGGAUUUGCACGGGUUACAGGAAAGCCACAAUGCGUAAUCGUGCAUGUGGAUGUUGGCACGCAGGCUCUGGGCGUGGCCGUUCAUAAUGCAUCUGUAGGUCGCGCUCCAGUCCUCGUUUUUGCGGGCAUGUCGCCUUGCACCUUAGAGGGCGAGCUGCGUGGUUCUCGGACAGAAUUCAUUCAUUGGCUUCAAGAUAUUCCUGAUCAGAAGGCUAUCCUUGGACAGUAUUGCCGAUACGCGGCAGAGAUCAAGACGGGGGCGAACAUCAAGCAAAUGGUCAACCGUGCUCUUCAGUUUGCUACAAGUGGCCCCCAAGGCCCGGUAUACCUUUGCGCAACACGAGAAGUCCUGGAAGCCGACCUCGAGCCGUACGAAAUCCAGCAGGAUCAGUGGGAUCCCGUGGAGUUGGGCGGCCUGUCUCAGAGGAGCGCAGACAGGAUAGCCGAGGCCCUGGCCCGGGCCGAAAGACCGCUCGUUAUGACAGGAUAUUCCGGCCGCAACCUGCAAAUACCGGCCGUCUUGGUUCAGUUGGCAGACGUUGUCAAGGCUCUCCGGAUAUUAGAUGCAUCUGGCAGCGACAUGUGUUUUCCUGCCAACCAUCCGGCGUGGCUCGGCAUGAGAAUAGGGGCGCACGGAGCCAUUGAAGAAGCAGAUGUGAUCGUGGUCUUGGAUUGUGACGUGCCCUGGAUCCCGACGAGAUGUCGCCCGAAAAAAGACGCAACGAUAUUCCACAUUGAUGUUGACCCCCUCAAGCAACAAAUGCCGCUCUUCUACAUCCCGUCUCAGGCACGGUAUCGAGCGGAUGCCCUAAUCGCACUGGAACAGAUCCUUCGGGAGCUUACGGGAGGCCAGGCAGCUAGAGUACUCGCUGAAAGGGACACUGCGGCGACUGAAGAAUUACGGAAUGCUUCACACUCCAAGUUUCUGUCGAAAAUAGCUCAUGCAGCCAGGCCCUUUGCCAGCGGUAGUUUCGGCACAGGUUACUUGAGCAGUGUUCUCCGUCGGGUUUGUCCAGAUGAGACAAUAUGGGCCGUAGAAGCCGUGACAAACACGACCUUUAUUCAUGACAACAUCCAGCCCGCGGUGCCAGGAUCAUGGAUCAAUUGCGGUGGUGGUGGGCUGGGCUGGUCCGGGGGCGGUGCAUUGGGGAUCAAAUUAGCAACUGACUCUCAAGCUGGCGGAACCGGAAAGGGUAAAUUUGCUAAUAGCAGAAACGUAGGCUGGAAUGCGCCACGAAAAUCCUACGUGUUGGUUCACCCCGACGGAGAGACGGCAACGGCGACAAACGAGGACAUCAACAUUUCCUUUUCCCCUUCACCAGAUUACGCAGGCAUUGCGGCUGCCGCGGGAAGUGGCAACAUCCACCCGUUCAGGGCGAGCAAGGCGGAUGAUCUUGAGUCAAUACUUGAGCAAGCUGUUGCAAAAGUGUUGGAUGGACAGACUGCUGUGGUAGACUGUAAGGUGGUGCUAGACUGCUAA